AAUUAUGGCAUCUUGGAAGUUAUGUAUUGGAGUUUUAUUAACAUCAACGGUAGUGAGUUUAGCGUUACCAACAACCGAAAAUGUUGAAACAGGACGUGCUAUACAUAGUCGCAAUGCCAUACAAACCGAAAACGAUUUAAUGGAUAGUAUAUACGCGGAUUGUUUACGUAAGGAUUCAGUGUCAUGUAUCAAAUAUAAAUUAUUUUCAUUUGUGGAUAAAAUGUUGAACCAAAAGGAUACAUUCAGUGUCACCGAAGGUGUCACCGUAGUAAAAACCGCAACCGCCGAAGGCGAAGGUGCACCACGUACUGUUAGUGCUGAUGAUACAAUUGAAUCCUUAAUCUUAAAUCGUGUACAACGCUUUUUGGAAACACACACCCUUAAAGUUGAUUUGAAAGGCAGUGAUGUAGUUAAUGCAGUCAGUUCAACUGGUCGCGCUUUGGAAGAUGUUGUUGAUAGCUUAACUGACAGCAGCGAGGAAAACGGCGUUGUUGGAGAAGAAAGUCGUGGUAAAAAGAAGAAAGCACAAAAAAUCUUAGGACCAUUGUUGGCUGCUGUUGCAUUGAAGGCUGCUGCCCUUCUUCCAUUGAUCUUAGGUGCCAUUGCAUUGAUCGCUGGUAAAGCUUUACUUAUCGGUAAAAUUGCCUUGGUCUUAUCAGCAAUUAUUGGACUUAAGAAAUUAUUGGGUGGACAACAAAAACACGUCACAUACGAAGUUGUUUCACAUCCUCACCACACUUCAAGCCAUGUAAGCCAUGAAUCCGUUGGUGGAUACAGUGGUGGUUCUGGAUACUCAAGCGAUAUUGGAGGUUAUGGAGGCGGUGCCAGUUCUGGCCAUGGUGGUUGGGGACGAUCAAUUGAUGCUCAAGAUUUAGCGUACCGUGGACAACAACCUGUUGUAUCACAGCAACAAAUUCAAUAGAUAUCGAAACAUUACCGAAUGACGAAGAAUGAUGAUACCUAACCAUUAGCCUAGUUAGCCUAUACACACUAAUAAAUUUUUUGAAUUACAGUUUAUUUCACAUAAAACCAUCAGACACACUUGUACACAAUGUCAAGUUCAUAUUCGUAGUAUACUUAUAUACUACUUACGUAAGGUCGUGAACUUGACUCAGCGCAGUGUGUAUAUGUUGGAAGUCAGUACCUAAUUGAAUACUCAAUUAUUUAUGUUACAACGAAGCUCAUAUAA